AUGCCUGCCGCAGGCGAGCACGCUCUCGACCUUCUGGAGUCCUGGACAGAGAGUCCUUUUCCCUCACCAAUGGACCGUCCAGAUGAACAAAAAGCCGCUCGUCCAGACGUUUCACAUGGUGUCCAUGACAUGAGCUCCAGCCGCCCUCGGAUUAUCGGACUCUAUGGUCUUCCAGGAUCUGGCAAAACUCGCAUGUUGGAGUGGAUCAUGACCAGUUUCCACGAUCCGUCUCUCUUGUGCUUCGAAGGUUCGGACUUGAUUGCAGGAACAGUUACAGAGAACUGUCAGACUUUCAUGACCUUGAGUCCGGAAGCGAAAGAGUCAUCUCGGAAAGCCGCAAUGACUGCAUUUAAGAGUCAUUUCAUGUUCUGGACUGAGGAUGAGGAUACUGGGAGAACUGUCUAUACAAAAGCUGACUUGGAGGCUUACACCAGUAUUGUGUACUUGGACGCAUCGAAGGACGACAUCGAGCGGCGUCGAGCGCAGGACGUGCAGCGGCAGCGAGAUGUUGCUCAUUCAUGGCAUCUUCAGCGCUGGAAGGAUGAGGAAAAGGCUCGAUUGCGCGAGCUUUGUCGUGAGCAUGGAAUCUUGUUCUCCACCAUGACGGCUGAACCGGAUGAUUAUGGUCAUAUUGCAGACAUCCUGCACUAUCACCUUUGCACGGUCGAGAUGAAUGAAUCACUUGUGCUUGCUGAAGUGGACAAGGUGGUCACGAGCAAGCAAGAACCUCAGAUCGUGGUCGUUCUGGACGCAGACAAGACAUUAGCCGCUGUAGACACAGGUGCCUUGUACUGGGAGCUGCUCAGAGGACGCAUUGAUGGCACAGCCGAUGUUGAUGGUGAUCCUGUCAGUCGUCUCUUUAAACACUCAGCCUGGAAGUAUUCCUAUGCUGCCUUCAAACAAGCGACUCUCUUGUACGAGGAAUCGGCUGCUACGAGUGCUUUUGAGCGGUUAUGCGACCUUACGGCUGCUCAGGUCGACCUCUUCCCGGAGCUACUGUCCCUGCUGCAAUGCGGGCCCGAUCGACCAAAUCUGAAAGCCCUGGUGAUCACGUCUGGUCUGCGCCGUGUUUGGGAGAAAGUAUUGGUGCGGCAUGGACUUCGCUCGAACGUGUCAGUGGUUGGCGGCGGGCGCAUGAGCGACGGUUAUGUGAUUACGCCGCUCAGCAAGCGCAAUGCUGUACAGCAUCUACAGCUGAGGCAUCAGAUGCGAGUUUGGGCAGUUGGCGAUAGUCCGUUGGAUCUUCCGAUGCUUCAAGCUGCGGAUCGGGCCAUAGUUGUGGUCACUGCGGAAGAAGUAAGAAGCCGUACCAUGGAGUCAGCUUUACAAACUGCGAUCGACCAUGAGGGACUUGUUGCACUGCAGCUGCUCCUGCCGGCGCAUGUUCGACCACGACUCAGCACUGAUCGGCUCCCUCUUGUGGACGAUAUUUAUCGUACCAUCAUGUCGGAUACUCACUUACAGUUUCAUCACUUUACGGAGACUGCAGGCGCAAAGCUUCUGAUGACGCCCAUGCGGGACGCGCAAAUUUCUGGCGUGACACUACGCGAAGCACAUCGCCGUGUGGGCUGGUUUCUGGCAAUCCAGUGUCUGAGCGCUGUGCUGAAUCUGGAUCGAAAACCGAUCAUUCAUGUACAGGGUCAGAACACUGAUGGAUACUGCUUCGAGAACGAGGCAAGAACUACCAUUGUCGCCAUGAUGCGAGGUGGAGAGCCAAUGGCCUUCGGCGUGAAUGAUGCUAUGCCAACUUCACACUUCGUGCAUGCUUUUGAGGCAAGGGAUGUGACUAAGCUACACCUCGACAAGCAAAGGACUGUGGUCUUGGUAGACGCAGUCGUCAAUUCUGGUGCAAGUCUUGUCGAGUUCGUGCGACAUAUUCGUGGCGGACACCCACGGAUUCGUAUCAUCGUCGUGGCCGGCGUCGUCCACCAAGGCUCGUUAUAUCGCGGUGAGGCCAUUCAUGGUCUGUCGAAGGAGGGACACUUGACGAUCAUUGCCUUGAGGACUUCCGACAAUAGCUUCAAAGGGUCAAGAACUACAGACACCGGGAAUCGCUUGUUCAUGACCACGCAUCUGAAGUGA